AUCAUCCCUGUCUCCGUCUCAGCUUCCCUUUCUCUUUUUCUCCCUCCACCUCCACCUCGCGCGCCGGCCGGCCGUCUCCUCCUUCGCCUUCGCCUUCGCUAGCUGAUCGAUCGAUUCCCAUCGCCAUCGGAGCUCCCCGCCCGGCCGGCCUCCUCCACUAUCUCUCCGUCCCAGUCCCAGUCCCAGGCUCCCAGCACCAUCCACCAUCCAUCCGCAAACGAGAUCGAUCGAGCUGCUGAGAGAGAGAGAGAGAGAGAGGCAAACCCUAGCACGCACUCGCUUUCUCCGGCCGAUCCAUAUCCGUCCGUCCGUCGCCGCGCGCACCCCCCCGGGACGGACGCGACCGACGACAGGCAGCAAAGCAAAGCAAAGCAAAGCAUAGCAUCUAUCUAUCUCCGCCGCCGUACCCACCACCACCACCACCACCAUGAUCUUCCCCCCUGCCUUCCUGGAUUCCUCGAGCUGGAACGAUAACCAGCAUCAGCAUCAUCAUCAACAGCAGCAGCAGCAGCAAGCCCACCACCAGCACCAGGUUGCGGCCAACGCCGGAGGAGGAGGAGGAGGAGGAGACGCCAAUCAUGAGCUUCUCCAGCAAUCAAUCAUGGGGGGACCGCUUCCCGAUGGAGGAGGUGGUGGUGGUGGUGGCGCGGGGGGGCAGGUUGUUGGUGGCCCCGCCAAGCCCAUGUCCAUGGCGGAGCGCGCGCGCCUCGCGAGGAUCCCGCUGCCGGAGCCCGGGCUCAAGUGCCCGCGCUGCGACUCCACCAACACCAAGUUCUGCUACUUCAACAACUACUCCCUCUCCCAGCCGCGCCACUUCUGCCGGGCAUGCCGCCGCUACUGGACGCGCGGCGGCGCGCUCCGCAACGUGCCCGUAGGCGGCGGGUAUCGCCGCCACGCCAAGCGCGCCAAGCCCAAGCAGCAGCAAGCGGCUGGAGCCGGAGCCGGAGGCGGCUCCGCCGGGACCGGGAAUACAGCCACCGCCAACGCCGCGCUGCAACAUGCUCCCGCUGGGUCCACAGCGUCGUCGGCCGCUGCCUGCACCGCGACGACGACCAACGCGCUCCCCGGCGGCAUGCUAGGCGGCGGUGGGCUGUCCAUGCUGCCGCCGCUGCUCCGCCUCGCCGACUUCGACGCCAUGAGCCUCGGCUCCACCUUCUCUGGGAUAUCGUCCAUGGGGAAGCCCGGCUCCAUUGACGCCUACUCGCACUCGGUCGGCGGCGGUGGUGCUCCGGCCGGGCUGGAGCAGUGGAGGGUGCAGCAGAUGCAGAGCUUCCCGUUCCUGCAUGCGAUGGACCAGGGCCCGCUGGGGCCACCUCUGGCCAUGGCAAUGGCGGCGCCAGGGAUGUUCCAGCUAGGUCUAGACACCACCAGCAGUGAUAAUGGCCAUGGCCGUGGCGGCGGCGGUGGAGAAGACGGGUCGACCGGAGGAGAGCUUCAUGUGAUGCAUCAACAAGCAGCCACCAAGAGGGAAAGCUACCCGGCACCAAGAGGCAUGUAUGGCGAUCACCACCACCACCUCGCUGCUGCUGGUGGCUACACUUCCGCCUAUUCCACCAAUGCUGCUACAGGUAACCAUCUCUUGUAAUGGCCGAUCGAUCAAGAAGAGCGCAGCAAUUCAGUUCCAGCUAGCUAUACGCACGCGCUGCGAUCGUGUCGUCCGAUCGAUCGAUCGAUCUUCGUUCGUUCCUACAACUAGCUAGAGAUAGAGAUGAGUGUGUGUGAUCGAUGGUAUUGUGAUGAUCAUAUAGAAAGGUUAGUAGCAUGCAUUUGCAAAUGUUUGCUCCAAGACAAGAAGAACUGGGGAGGGAGGAGAAGAGAAGGUCGGUUUGGAUACGGACGAGCCAUGUGUUGGAUCAUGCACAAAUAUUAUUAUCUUCAGCUGCUAGUUAUUAGCUGCUGCUUGCAUGGUCACUUAGCUUGUUUUAUGUUUCUUCUUCUUGUUUUUUUUUAUCUGAUGGAUGAUCCCUUUAUUAGGUUUCACUACUACUGUCGAUCAUUUGGGGUGAAGUAAUGUGUACUGCUGUUCCUCAUUUUGUUCAUGAAAACACCAUCAUAUAUGUCAAUUA